GUAGGGGUGACAGUUGUUGAUGUGUCAACCAGCCUGAAGGGGGCAGAUAAUUGUACUGAUUUUGAUUUUGUACCAAGGAAGGAUGUGCUUUCAUGCUAUGCACGAGGGGAAGAAUCUGUGGUCCAGCUUCCAGACGAUAGAGGCCAAGCUAUUGGAAUCGUGAGUAAAGCUCUUGAAACUUUCCUAAGUAAAGCUCAUAAUGACCAGAUUCUUGCCGGAGUGAUUGGCCUUGGGGGUAGUGGAGGAACAUCUCUAUUGUCAUCUGCCUUUCGAUCUCUUCCAAUUGGGAUCCCAAAAAUUAUAAUAUCAACAGUUGCCAGUGGUCAAACUGAAUCUUAUAUUGGAACAUCAGACUUGGUAUUAUUUCCUUCAGUUGUAGAUAUUUGUGGGAUUAACAGUGUUAGUAAGGUUGUUCUAUCUAAUGGGGGCACAGCAUUUGCUGGAAUGGUGAUUGGAGGGCUUGAAAAAUCAAAAGAACAUAGCAUCACUAAUGGAAAGUUUACAGUUGGUGUAACUAUGUUUGGGGUUACGACUCCUUGUGUUAAUGUUGUCAAAGAAAGAUUAGAGAAAGAAGGAUAUGAGACUUUGGUUUUCCACGCCACUGGUGUCGGGGGCAGGGCCAUGGAGGAUCUUAUUAGAGGAGGUUUUAUACAGGGUGUGUUGGAUAUUACGACAACUGAGGUUGCAGAUUACGUAGUUGGAGGUGUUAUGGCAUGUGAUAGUUCCCGAUUUGAUGCAAUAUUAGAGAAGAAGAUUCCUUUGGUUCUUAGUGUGGGAGCAUUGGAUAUGGUGAAUUUUGGUCCUAAAACUACCAUACCUCCUGACUUUCAGCAAAGAAAGAUUCACGAACAUAAUGAGCAGGUUUCCCUAAUGCGUACUACAGUAGGUGAAAAUAGGAAAUUUGCUGCAUUUAUAGCAGAAAAGUUGAACAAGGCAUCAUCAAGUGUACGUGUUUGCUUGCCCGAGAAAGGUGUCUCUGCAUUGGAUGCACCAGGGAAAGCCUUUUAUGAUCCUGAGGCAACUAGUUGUCUUACACAUGAGCUACAGAUGCUUCUUGGAAAAAGUGAAUGCUGUCAGGCUAAGGUCUUCCCUUACCAUAUAAAUGAUGUGGAGUUUGCAAAUGCUUUAGUUGAUUCGUUCUUGGAAAUCUCUCCGAAAUCUAGACAUGUUGAAUGUCAGCCAGCUGAGUCCAAAUCUAUCCAAGACAUUCAGAAUGAUAAUGCUGUUCUUCAGAAAUAUUCCUCAUGCAAUGGAAAAAACUUUUCUAGCCUGAAUGACUUUCCAAAUGCAAAACCAG